AUGUCAAAUGAUAAACUUCUUAUUGUCGUAUUGAAUCAUAUAACUUUGAAUAUAUUAAAUCAUGCUUAUAAAUAUACUAUGAAAAAUACUAGUUUGAUAAAAUCUCAUUACUCAGGUGAUAUGGAAUCAGCAUCACACAAUCAAGAAGAAUUAAUCAUGGAUUCUGACAAGCAUGAUGCAGGUUAUCGUCUGAAUCAAGAACAAUUUGAUGCUGCUAAAGAUGAUAACAAAGCCGUUCAAAUCUUGUUUGAAAUCUACAACAACAUUUCUCAAUAUUCUAUUAGUUCCAGUGACAGCAAUAAUGAAAAUAAAUGA